AUGACGGACUUUAUCACCCAGGAACAGGCCGCGUAUCCGGACAUUGCACAGCGUUAUCAACAACUUAAGGAUCUCCACGUUCGCAAACUUUAUCAUGAGCUCACCAAUGAACUUGAGGCCUUUGUACUUGACCCCAUGUGUCACAAAUACCCCCUCAACCUGACCAAGUUGUACGAGGAGUUUAUCCGUAGCUUUCAGGAAAAACUUAAUCCGAUUCGACUCGUUAUUAUUUGCACCGAGAUCAGUACGCAAUUUGCCGAUCCUGCCAAGGCACAGGAAUUUAUGGAGCAAUUGCUAGGUCAAUUAAACACCAAGACAGCACAUGAAGCCGUGUUAUUGUGCAAAAUGCAGAUUGCUCAGCUUAAAUUCCGCCGUGGAACAGCAUUUCUAACAGAAGUCAAAGCCACAGUCGACGAUGAAAAACAAGUGAUCGAGAGUCUUGUAGGGGCUGAACCAGUGGUCCAUGCGGCUUAUUAUCGUGUGGCUUGUGAUUACUAUGGAGCUCUGGGUCCUGCGGACAAAUUUUACAAGAAUGCACUCAUGUUUUUAGCCUACACGCAGUACGACGAGAUACGUCCUGAUGAACGUUUCAAUCUAGCAGUGAAUAUCAGUAUUGCUGCACUCACGGGUGACGGUGUUUUUAAUUUUGGUGAAGUGCUGGCUACUCCAAUUCUUCGUGCUUUAGAAGGCACGGACAAGCAGUGGCUCUCGGACCUAUUGCACGCGUUUAAUAAGGGUGACAUUGAUCGGUUUAACGAGAUUGUGGGCCAGAACAGCAAGGAGCUCAAUGUCCAGCCAGCGUUGGUGACCAAGCAAGAAUACAUCAAGGAAAAGGUUGCUCUCUUGGCAUUGAUGGUGCUAGUGUUUCAGCGUCCGUCGCACGAGCGAAACAUUCCGUUCCACGAGAUCGCUAUGGCCACGCGUCUGCCGCAAGAGCAGGUGGAGUGGCUUGUGAUGCGUGCCCUAUCGUGUAAGCUUAUCAAAGGCUCCAUUGACCAAGUGGACGGGAUCGUACGAGUCACGUGGGUGCAGCCUCGCGUGCUGGAUAAUUCGCAGCUUCAGGAGCUCGUGACUCGCUUGGACGGCUGGGAGAAGAAGGUGAACUCGACUUUGUUGUAUGUGGAGGAGCAGACGCCGGAACUUUUUCAGUAA